AGACUUGAUUUGUUUACGGACAGGACCAAAAGUCGCCACCCCUCAACCUCAUCUGGAAUGCUUGCCGCCGCCUUUGCGCAAGCGCGUACUCCUAGGCUAUACCUCCAAUGUCGCCAUAAAUCAAACCUCUCGGCCAUCAACCGUACCCUCGAUCAAUCUAUCCGCAGAGACCGCCGCAAGUCUCUCGACGACGGAAGCAGAACUAGAGACGAGCGUGGAGAUAGCUUCCCAUGGCAGGACCGUGGAGAUGAUCGCAGACCCAACAACUAUGACAACCGCCGGGACAGAGAUUCGCCUCGGAGCAGAGACGAUCGUAGCUCACCGAGAGCCUACGAGGGCAGAAAUCAUCUGGAAAGAGGUUACACCAAUGAUCGUCCUGCUCCCAGAACGGACAUACGUGUGAGGCCGGAGGAUGCCUCCGACGAAGGCUUCAAAAUUCGAAAAACAAACAAAUAUGUACCCAACCACGAAGGCGACCAAUCAGACCAUGGGGGUGAUAUCAUGAAGGUCCCGUUUACUCACAAACACCACUUCACCGAGGAAAACUGGAAUAGACUGAUGGACGCCGUCAAGCGAGCCGAAGACAAAUACAUCAGAGCCCUGCCCACACGCCCGUCAACCCUGCCCGUCUACGACAACAACAAGCCUGCUUCAUCCUUGGAAAUCAAACAACAGCUCAAGAAGACUUUCAAGGCCGAUCUUGCAACCGUCGAACCUACCUUGGAACGUCAGAGAAAGGACUGGCUGCGCGUCAUUCAACAUACAGGCGAGGCUCUCAAGAAUGCGAAGUCGAAAAACAUCUUCAUCCCCGGAAGACGCUGGUUCACAGAAGACGAUCCGAAGAGUGCUCUCAAAGCCUCUGUUUAUCCCAUCCAACCACCAGCCACUCCGAAACAAGGUGCCGACUGGGCUGGCGAGCUCCGCGACAUAUCCGUUUUGAACCAGGACAUGCGUAGCGAGAUUAUUAUGAAUCUUGUCAACAGACAUGCCACCGCCCUCAUGAGUGGCAAGAACGUACAGGAUGAAGACUUUGCUCCAGGCGUCCUUGGCUUCAAUUCAAAGCCCAAGGAGAGAGAUGGGCAGAUGGAUAAGUUCUCGGCCAAGGAAGAAAAAGAGCGAAGAAGACUCGAAGAAGAAAGCCGCCUCGACGACGAACAACUCUCCUCAUUCGUCCGAAAUAACAGAGAAAAGAACGAAGACCGCAAAAACAAGUACAAGGAAAUCCAGGAACCGCGAGACCGCAGAGACAGGGACAGCAGAGACAGCAGAGACCGAGAUAGCAGAGAUAGCAGAGAUAUGCGUCCCUCUCGCGACGACAGAGAUAGAGACGCCUACGUCUCCAUCCCAUACACAACAGCCGCCUCCGAAUUCCUUUACGGCCUAAAUGUUGUAAUCGCAGCCCUCAAAGCCAAACGCCGCAAAAUGUACAAACUCUACAUCCAUAGCCGCGCCCUAACCAAUCCCGCAUCAGCAAAAACCAUCCGCGUCCUCUGCAAACAGGCAAACCUGAAACGGGAAGACGUCGAUGACUCCUUCUUACCCAAAAUGGACAAGAUGGCCCAAGGUCGCCCUCACAAUGGCGUAAUCCUCGAAACCUCCCCCCUGCCUACCCUCCCCACAAAGUCAUUAGGGAAGUUCGGAGUCACUGACAUGAGCAUCGGUAUCGAGCUCGCUGAGCAAUCAGCCGAAGAAGUCCAAAUAAAUGGAAAUCCGAACUCGAUACCUUUCCACUACACACACACAUGGCGCAAACCCCUCGUCCUCCUCCUCGACGGCAUCCUCGACCCCGGAAACCUAGGCAACAUCCUACGAACAGCACAUUUCUACUCCGUCGACGCAGUAGCCAUCUGCACAAACACCUGCGCACCUGUAAACCUCCCAGUGGUGCAAAAAGCCGCCUCCGGUGCUGCAGAAGCACUUACUAUCCUCUCUAUCCCUGGCCCGGCAAACUUCAUCACCACUUGCAAAAAACACGGCUGGCUCGUCCACGCAGCAGUCGCACCUAACGCAGCGUCAGCAACGGCUGGAAAGAAAAACCUCUUCACUUCAUCCAUGAUAUCUCCUCUCUCCCGCGGCCCAUCCAUCCUAAUGAUCGGCGCAGAAGGUGAAGGUCUCCGUGCAAACCUCGCCACGAAAGCCGACGCAAACGUCGGAAUCAGAGGAGUCAAGCCCGCGAUCCCUGAAUUGGAUGUCGGAGUAGACAGUCUGAACGUUGGCAGCAGUGUUGCGGUUCUGCUAGAAGCGUUUAUGAGAAAACCUGAUAAUUUGGAGGAUGUGGUCAAAGGAACGCCUAGGGAGGAUGAUGUGGCUGCCAGGAUUGUGUGAUAGAUGACUUGCACUCCUGCCUGAAGGUACUUACUCCUCAGAACUUGUAUUGUAGAUAUACCUCCUCUUCUCUGCAUAUAGUAUUUAUCAUAUACCCUUGUGUGAUCUGAUAUAACGCUUGCAAGGGGGUAUUGAGACAAAGGAGGAGUUGAGACAGAUGCAUGGCAACACGUGAUUUAUUUAAUUUAUCUUGUAAGGCUGUCU